AUGAUGUGUAAUGGUGAGUUCUUACAUAAAGAUCCCGAUGAGGCCAUUGAAUAUUUGAAUGACAUAGCAAAAAAAGCCCACACCUGGACAGGACCUAGUGCUACUGAGAGCACAAAUAGGUCACAACUUGUAGGAAACCCAAAUGGCGGUGGAAUUUACCAUCUCAAGGAAGAAGAUAACCUAAAGGCUAAGGUUGAGAUGCUCACUAGGGAGCUAGAGGGUAAGACUAACCAAAAGUUUGAAUCUUUGAUUACGCAGGUUGUUGAAGAAAAGAAGGAGAUAAAGAGCCAAGUGUCCAAAUUGAUAAGCUCCUUGAGUGUGAAUGAGCGAGGUAAGUUUCCUUCUCAAGCUCAGUCCGAACCCCAUGGUCAACACACGGCGCAAGAGAAUUUGAAGGAUGUGAAUGUCAUUGUGACACGAAGCAGUAAGUCAUUACACAUCCCAACAACGAACAAAUCAGAGGAUGUGGAAAAGAAUCAAGACAGCAGUGAUGCCGAGUUGACCAAGGAACCUGAGGUGACAAAGAGUCUUGUUAAGGUACCAUUCCCUCAAGCUUUAAAAUCAAGCAAACGAACUCUGGAUCCUAACAAUGAAAUCCUAGAGAAUCUAAGGCAGGUAAAAAUCAAUCUUCCUCUUUUGCAUGUGAUUAAACAAGUCCCUACUUAUGCAAAAGUUUUCAAGGAUUUGUUUACAGUUAAAAGGAAGCACCAUGUGAAGAAGACAACAUUCCUGACAGAACAACUUAGUGCUCUAAUUGAGCAGCGGAUUCCUCCCAAGUACAAAGAUCUUGGUUGCCUAACCAUUGCAUACAGCAUUGGAAAUCAUGAGUUUGGGCAAGCUUUGCUAGAUUUAGAAGCUAGCGUGAAUCUAAUGCCAUAUUCUAUUUAUUUGCAGUCGGGGUUGGGAGAAAUCAAACCAACCACUGUGGUAUUGCAAUUGGCUGACCGUUUAGUCAACAUACCUUGGGGUGUGGUAGAGGAUGUUCUAAUUCAAAUUGACAAAUUUUAUUAUCCUGUUGAUUUCCUAAUUCUUGACACUAGCUCUGCUGUUGAUACUACUUCUAAAAUUCCUUUGAUUUUAGGUAGGCAUUUCCUUGCCACUGCUAAUGCUCUUAUUAAUUUCAGGAAUGGGCUCAUGAAGCUGUCUUUUGGAAAUAUGACUCUCGAGGUGAAUAUCUUCCAUAUUGAAAAACAACUAGAAGAUGAUGACGAGGGCCACCAGACAUACAUGAUUGACUCACUUAUGAAUAGGGGAGUUUCUACAUCCCAUGAUUUUGAUCCCCUUGAGUAUUUUCUUGUUAAUUAUGAGUUUGAUUCUAUCAAUAAUCCAUCUGAUGUAGUUGAUAUUUGUGCUAUUUUCGAUAGAACUCACGAUUAUGGCACUCGGGCAUGGCAACCAAAGUUUGAGGAGUUGCCUGAAAAAGGUGAAAAACAAAUUCCUUCAAAUGUGGAAGCACCCAAGGUUGAAUUGAAGCCUCUGCCUAAGGGUUUAAAACAUGCUUUUCUUGGUCUAGGUGAUACUUUUCCUAUUAUUAUCUCAUCUAAAAUUGUCUAA